UGUGCUGCGCGGCGGCGGCGGCGGCGGCUGCUGCGCCCCGGAUCAGACGCUCCGGUCCGGCACUGAGCGCAGUCUCUGCUCUCGGUCUCCACGGACGCUCCUCGCUCUUGUCUGGAUAUCGCAGCCUCCCCCCCUUCACACAACACCACUCUUUUUCUUUUCUUUUCUUUUUUUUUUUUUGCCUUUCGCCUCCUUCUUGUAUUUUUUUGGGAUUAUAUUUUCUUCUGAUGGUUUUUCAACUCCAACUCGAUGCAUAGAAAAUGGGUAAACUGCACUCGAAACAUGCCGCAAUUUGUAAACCGAGGGAGAGCCCAGAAGGCGACAGUUUUGUAGUCAAUGCCUGUUUGGCCAGAAAGGGAAUCGACGACUGGCUCGUGAAGCAGAAAUACUACUGCACGAGCUCUCGCCUCGAGCAGCGGGACUGUCACCACAAGAAUAACUGCGGUCUGACUGCACGGGACUCCAUGGAUGAAGCAUGUGCAGAAGGGAUGGGCGAUGAACACUACCGCUUGGAAGUGGCUUUGCCCCCGGAGAAGACAGACAGCUGCUGUGUGGAGGAGAAGAUGCAGGAGAGGGACGGCCAAUCUCCCGCAGGGCCACAGAAACAGCUCCAGUUUGAAGAGUUGGAGUGUGCCGUGUCUGUGGAGGAGGAUAACAGGCAGGAGUGGACCUUCACCCUUUACGACUUUGACAACAACGGCAAAGUCACCAGAGAGGAUAUCACCAGCCUGCUCCACACCAUCUACGAGGUGGUGGACGCCUCCGUCAACCACUCCCCCAGCAGCAGCAAGACGCUGCGGGUCAAGCUCUCGGUGGCUCCCGACUCCAGCCAGCGGUGGAGGAGCUGCACGCAGGGCGCGGCAGACAUGUCCCACCCCAGAGAGAAAAGUGACAAGUGCAUAGAAGACCCCAAGAGUGCAGACAAGAAGACUCGAGCGCUCCUAAGGCGCCACCACAGUGACCACCACACCCAGCCGGGCUGCCAGCGCCACUGUGUGGAUGAGAACCUGGAACGCAGGAACCACUACUUGGACCUGGCAGGCAUCGAAAACUACACAUCCCGCUUCGGAGCCGCCCCGGCCGCAGAGCCGACGAAGGCCGAGCCUCAGACGCGGCCGUCCAAUCAGACCCGCUCUCGCUCCCACGAACCAGAAAAUGGACACUCCCAUUCCCACCACCGCCGCCUGCAGACCGCCGUGGAGACUUCGGACAGCCUCCAUCCCAUCCCCCGUACGCGAGGCCAGGACUCGGGCAAACAUGGCCUCCGCUCUCCUAAGGUUCACAGCCGCACGCCUCCCGCACAGAUCAGCGGCAAGGUGAUGAGAAACCGGGGCGUCCCUCCUCCACCGGCGCUCCCCAGCCAGACCCCGCCUCACCAGUCCACGGCCCCCUACCGCAAGCACAAGCAGCGGUCCAAGGAGAGCCAGGGCUACAGGGCCUUGGGCUCCCUGGCAGCUCCGGGACCGGUGGUGGAGAAGGAACACGUGAGGGACCUGCCCAGCGUGGUGCUGUACGACGGCGGGCUGGCUCAAGUGGUGCAGCGGCACGAGCACCACCACCACCAUGAACACCAUCACCACUACCACCACUUUUACCAGUCCUGAACUACCACUUUGCCUGGGACGACUCCUGCGGCCCCACAAAACACCGACCAGGUUCGGCGGACACUGAGCAGUCACGCGCCGGCCUACCUUAACAUUGUGCAGCACUGCAGUGGACACAGGACACGGGGAGAGGAGGGGUCAUCGGAGGGGGGGUGUCCCAGCGCCGGGAGGUUAUUAAUCAGUGUUACCAAGAGGUUUGUCAGACAAACAAAAGCUCGGGCGUGCAGCAGGACCGUGAUUCAGGGCCACAGUACAGCCAGGACUGAGAAUCGGGUCUGGAGCUACAGAGGAGGCACAGAGGGACAAUUUAAUAGAGCCCAGAAGUCCAAACUCUCUCCCCCUCCAGCACCCUGUGAUCCUCUACCUGAAGAACCCUCCGGCACCAAACCAGCACCACAACCUUUCCAAACCACUAAGCCAAAAGGUUUUUUUUUUUCUUUUUAGGAAAAGGAGGGACGAGAGGGAGAAAGACUGUGAUGUAAAGAUGAAAAUAUAUGAAGGAAUAUAGGUGAUAGGAGAGCAGGGCAUAGUGUGUAUAUGCUUGUGUGUGUUUGUUAAAACAGUGUAUGAAUGUGGUGUGUGUGUGGUGUGUGUGUGUGUGUGUGUGAGUGUCACGACACUGGUGUCUGUUGAAAAACCACUUGAAGUGCACUCAUGGGUGCGUGAGUAUUUAAAGCAGGCUGUCAGGCAGGUGUUUUUUUUGAAGAUGAAAAUGAAGAUUCAGAUUCUAGCACGCAAUACCCCGUCAGCAACAACACCAGAAAAAAAAAAAAAAAAAAACGGGGGAAGGAAGAUGAUGAAAUGUUAUAGAAAAAGAAAAGACAAGAGAUCCCAAAUCCGCUGCUACCUCUAAUUCUAUCCUAAUUGUUGUUGUAAUGGUGACUUUGAAGAAAAAAGAAAAAAAAAAAGCGUUCAGAGGUUAUUUUUCAAAAAAUUACUUCGAAACUUUUUUUUUUGUUUUUUGUUUUUUUUUUGGAAAGAAAUCGUCUGAAACAUCUGCAGUACUGAAGCGUCGAAUAAAAAGCUCACUUACUUUUAUUAACCAACAUUUACUGUACAUAAGGUAUAUAUGGUUAUCAAUUUUAUAAGCUUUAUUGAUAAUGUGAUAUCUUUGUAUUCACGAUCGGAAGCUUUUACGCUUUGUUUGUUUUUGCUUUUGUUUGUUUUUUUUCUCCCUUCACAGCCGCAUUUUUUCUAAGACCACUAGGAGCCUCAUUCUGACUAGAAGAUGUACGACUGUGUUGCUCACUCAGCCUCGCCCUUCUGUUUCCACUGUCAUCGGAUACCUAACUGUGAUCUCUUUACACCUGAAUGACUACAAAUCCCAACUCUCAACAGCGCUGCCCAGCUGCUCGACUUCGCAUCGCAUACAAAGUGCUCAUAAGCUCGACUGUCCGACCGUGAUCAGAGAUGGAGACGAGGGGGAAAAAAACGAAGGAACUAAGCUAUAAUUUAAUGGCCUUAAUGCUGUUGAUGUGGAAUCGGUGUAUAAGUUCCGGUCCAGAGACCCUGAUUGCUGUUUAAAAUGCACCUGUUAUAAAACUCUUCUAACGUUCCUUGAUGGCAGACAGUGUUUGUGACAAAAGCCCUCUUUUUUUUAAAAACAAUUGGAACUAGUGAAUCGUCAGCAGUUAGAUCUCAUGUCCUCGGUCUCGUGAUGGACUUGAAAAGCCAAAUCAGACACGGUGUUAUCAUGACAUCAGAGCUUCUGGCGUAUUUGCGUAAAAAACGUAAAAUCCCUGCAACAAUCCAGCCGGUUUAGACGGGCUUGUGUGUUCAUUGAUCAGUCUGAAGUCUGACCUUUUUAAGAGGGUUUUCUUAUUUAUGCAGGGAAGUGUUUUGCUGAGCGUGCACCACCGCUCUGCUCCGGCUCCACCGCUUUUACCUUUCAGACUUUCACGAUGGCGCUCUACACGACCAGCCGCCCUCAGCCGGGUCCGAGGCGGGUCACAUGGCUGCUCCCUCCGGUUCAGUGGCAUCUUCCUGUCCCCCCCCCCCACCUCCACCCGCCACCUCCUCAGCUGUCAGCAGGUCUUUCACCGUGCCGCCAUGUGGCCUCAGAGCUCAGCCAACAAGGCUCUUGUCUGUGGUGCGGCGGGGCGAGGGCUCUUUCAGCUGUCCCAUUCCUCUGGUGCUGGAUAACACUGGGCCCGGCCCGCAGUCUCCACUAGACCCAUAACUCAACCGCGGUGGCUCUCCUGCCAGCAUCUGAUCAUCCUGUCCCAUGAUGCUCCGCAGGCGCGGGACAUGCAGAUGUUUGCGGCAAACUGAUCAUAUUUCAUAACGUAUUUAUAAAUGACCAGCUUUGUCAGGGUUAGAGAAGAUGAUCCCGGUGCCAGUGAGCGUUCAGACUACAUCCACCAAGUUUGGUUGUGUUAUCAAGAAUGCAGCGUAUGCCCAGUCGUGCCCUCGGGGCCCUGCGGUGUCCUCCCACAGCUGCAGAGGCACCGGCCAGACGCGUCCUCUCACGGGACCCGGCAUUGGAAGCUGGCGUCAUUCCUCCAGAGUGGAGGUGGUGGGGAGGGGAUCACAGCUGCGCUCCAUACCUCAGCUUCCUCACCUCACGCUGCUUUUUUCCUGGACAACAGGUCCUCAUAACACUGUAACUCACUCUUUCAGUGGUUUCCCCCCCCCCACGCCCCCGAAACAGCCACGGUACCAGUGGCGCAAUCCAAGUGUAAGUGGCGUGGAAAUGCCGCUCUGGUUGUGUUAACGGACAGCGUGCAGGCGACUGUUCGUCCUGCAGGGUGGUCCGAUUGGACACGGCCUCUGAAGGAAUGUGGGUGAAAAAAAAGGGGGCUCGGUCAGACCCGCAGCCAAGGUUGCAAUUUUUAAACUUCUUUUUUAACCCCGGAGAGAGUUUCCACUGAACAGACCGAAGGCCCCCACUCCUCUUUUUUUUUUUUUUUAUUUAUUUAUUGCCCCGCUUCACAUUCGUACAAUUACUUGAACUCACACCAGAAAACCGUCUUUCAUUCUGUCGACUUCAAAGCAGCAUCACCGGAGCAACUGGAGGUUAUAUGCCUUGCUAAAGAGCACCUCAGUAGAGAGUUGGGGUGGGGGUGGGGGUGGUGGUGGGGGGGCAGUUUCGUCUCACAGACUUUACCAAAAGCUCUGGGAAAUGAAAUAAUAAAAGAAGGGUCUUCAGCUGUCCAUGUAAGCUACCAUUUUUUUCCCCAUAAUUCUUUUUCACUUCAACAUUUAAACGCCUCUUUUUUUUUUUUUUUUUUUGAAAUCACACGAUCUUCUCUUCAUCCGUAACAUUCUCCUGUCCUGUUGUACAGAAACCGUCAGCAUCCAGAGCCGCUCCUCCGUGUUUUAACGCAGUUUUGUAUCGCGCCACUAAUUUUUUGGUUUUGUUUGUUUUUUUUUUUUGCUUCGUUAGAUCCACAUGCUGAAGAAAUCUGAUGUACAUAGUUGGACUGCAGAAAAGGAUUUAAAAAAAACAAAAAAAACAAAACAGCAUCGUGUAGAAAGAAUAUACGGCUUAUUUAUAAUGAAAUGACAAUGUCAAGCUAUCUCACUCGCCUACCGUCAGCUAGCACUCCAAUAUCAGCACGCCGGUCCCGCCUCGCAGGGAGGAAUGAUUAUCUGUCUGUAACACGAGCUGUUUCUCUCACUCGGUGUUGUUGUUUAGCACUAGCUGUAUUCUCCCUCCUCCCUCCUAAUGUUUUCUCAUGACUUUGUUUAGUUUAUAUAGAUUGUAUUUGAUUAAUUUCUUUAUUUAUUUGAUAGCAGAUCUGUGCCAAGGGGAAAAAAAAAUACCCUUUUAUUAAAGUAUGAACCUGUUCCUUAUAAA